AUGACCAAGAGUGAUGGUCAUGGCCGAGGAACACUGGUAUUCCUCAUUGUAUUGCUGCUAGUGGGACUCGUCACUGCUGUGUCAAAGACUGCUGACUUUACAUACAAGGCAAUGCAAAUACCUGACGUGGUUGUAGCUGGUGGUCUUGAUGGACGUGUAUACGCACUCAAUGCCUGGUCUGGACAAGUGUUAUGGUCUUUUGACUCGGGUGGUCCAAUGGUCGACUCGUCCCAGUGUUUGGGUGUGACUUCAGCUACAAGUCCGGACAUGCCGCCCAGUUAUCAGUCGGCGGCUGCAAAGCCACGUACACGGAAAAAAGGACACGUAAACGACGGUGAUAGAAAUGUUCACGUGGAGGAGGAAACUCAUCCAGAUGAUAAGGUUGUUGAGGACCGUUCGUUGAUUCAGCAACAAAUGGCAGAGGCACAAGCUGUUGCAGCCGGUAAAGCUUUUAUGUCACAAUUGGUGCCAUCAUAUGAUGGUAGAUUGUAUCACUUUUCCAAGAGUAAAGUCCAAGAACUUGGAAUGACAAUGGCGGAUAUUGUCAUGGUGAAUGGCCCUGUACGCGUAGCGGUAGAUACGAUUUCGACGAGUGGUAAUGUGGUGGACUCCUCGGCUGCGGAUAUUUUGCUUUUUGGUGAAAAAAAGCUCGAGAUGUUUACAUUAAAUGCAGUAAGCGGCCUUCGUCGUCCCUUUUCUUCGUCUGCAACAUCGACGAGUGAGAUUCUUUUUGGCCGCUCAGAGUUUACGACGCGAGCUGUUCAUUCGCGCAAUGCUUCAUCUGCACGGUGUUUUAAGAUUUCAGAGUACUUUCUUGACUUCACGCAGCAGCCGCACUGUUCUAUUGGCGAUGGUGGUCUCAAGAUGUUUCCUGAAAUUCUUGUGAUGCCUAAAGAUCCUACUUCUGCGCUACAAGAUGAGGGUUCUACUAUUGUUGCAUUUGACCCCUGGACAAGCGAGCAAUUAUGGGAAUUUGAAGUUCCUGGCUUUGACGUACUUGCUGUACAUGGAGUAUCAACAACACGCGGUGCUACGUUUUACAAGUGGAAGGUGGACGGCCCCUCCUCGAGUGCAUCGAAGCGUGUUCACACCCCAGCUCGAGUAGCUGUGGAAGGUUUGCACCGCUAUCAACGCUGGAUCGAUUCUAGUAGCUCGCAACAGUCAGUGAAUGAUGAAGAGCAAGAAUUGGAAAGAGAGAAUUCUCAGGUAGACCAGCAAUUGGUGCGUGUGGUUCCACGCACGUUGGACGCAAUGGGAUCGCGCUUUCGAUUACGCCUAAUGGGAGAUAAUUAUUUUCUCGAAUCCAGUGAGGAUGGUGGUGUAGCCCUGGACGAUAAUGGUUUACGGGCUACCCACGGCUCACCGACGUUUCACGAGCGACAAGCUGACGAUACUCACAAUUAUCAUGAAGACAUGGGGACUCAUCGCCGUCGGCAAAUCCUGUGGGAGCCGAUCGUCAAUGAUGGCAAGCAAGGUGUGUUCAUCACGUACACGCAUGUGGGAGCGAUGCUCUUGGGUGUGGCUAUGUGCGGUAUCCUGUUAGCAUGGGGGUGUUACGUCAAAGGGCUGUCAGCUUCAUUGGCGCACUCGGCUAUUAAAAGUAUGGACCAGAGCCAGUUCUUUACAUCUCAUGUACAUCAACUUAUCAUUCAGCGUCCAGGUGAAGACGACAUCACUAUUUCAAGCGUAAUGAGCCGCUCACUAAUUAUGGACGCCUUGAAUGUGGAUGGCCAGGUGCCACUAAUGGAAAAUAGUGCUUUGUCGACCGAAAUUGGCGUCCAUGCUGAGAAAAAUGCAACUGAAGCAGUAUCAAUAGAAAAGUUUUCACGCCUUGCUGCCAACGAAGCUGCAGCAAUCUUUCUCAAUGGUGGGCGUAUCGGUGGAAAGCAAAACUUACUUGUGAGUGAUCUGGAUGCAGAUUCCAAUGUAACUACGGCUACGUCUAUGUCCUCUGCGUCAUCAUCAAAUCUGAUUGUCAGAGGCGCAAUGACAUCAUCUCUCUCUAUCCGUAUUUCUAGACAAGGAUCUGCACUUGCGAGCGGAAGGAUAGCACUUCCGUACACUGAGGACGAGGUUCUAAGCGAAGUAGACAUUUUGGACGUUUACGAAGCGCUGUUACCCACGAAAGAAGAGAAUGCAGAGUUUCUAUCCUCGACUAUUGAUCAUAUGUUUGACGGUGAGCGCUUUGAGCUGGCACAUUCAGAUGAUGAAUUUUUCUACGAAGGUGAUGACUCUUCGGCAAUUAUGAACGAUGUGAAGUCAAUUAGUUCCUCUGGAGAAUCAACAACGGGAAGUUGCUGUAGCAGCAGUGACAGUAGCAGCAGCAGCCAUGCUGUAGACAAGCGGAAUGAUGGUGAUGAUAUGCAGUCCGCGCAGGAAGACGAAACCACGGAUGAAAAGUCUAGCGAGGAAAAGUUCAGUGCUCCAGACUCGUCUGGGUCAUCCUCAUCUGGGUCGGAUACUUCUCCGAAUGAAGCAGAGGUCCUAUUUCCGUUUGUGUGUCAGAGCCGUUUUGUGAACGAGUUUGAAGAACUAUCAGCAAUUGGCAAGGGUGGCUUCGGCCAAGUCAUGCUCGCUGAAAACCGCUUGGAUGGACGCGAGUAUGCGAUAAAGCGAGUUGGAUUAAACUUGAAGAAUCAGACAUCUAAGACUUUGCAGAAGUUUUUGCGCGAGGUGAAGAUCCUGGCGCUAUUGGACCACCCGAACAUCGUACGAUAUUAUCAGGCGUGGCUAGAAAAGGUUGAAAAGAGCGCAAAGGAGACGUCCGUAGCGCCUUCAUCGGUUAGAUCAGACACGAGCUCAGUUGGUGGUGUUGCCGAUGCUAAAAACUAUUCGACGAGCAAUCUUCUUGCACCCAUUUCGGAGCUCGAAUUUUCUGUAAAUCAACGCCAGCUCGAGACCUUUUACAGUAACGGAAGUAUGGUAAGUGACCAGGAUGAUGGCUUUGAAUGGGAACGUGGGUCGUCAUCUGACAUCGAAGGUGAUAAUGGGUGGAAAGAGGAAGAUUUGGUUGUGCAGAAUAAACCGCGAACAACCAACCUGCCUUCUCGUGUGCAUUCAUCUCGCUCACCGGCUGCUCGUGGUAUUGAUGAGGAUUCUUCGCUUAACGCGAUCGAAAAGUGUGAUCACUGGCUAUACAUCCAGAUGCAAUACUGUGCUGGCCGCAAUUUGGCCGACUAUCUGGCUGUUCCGACCCGCCCAAUGGAGUUGUCGAGAAUGCUAAAGAUUUUCGUGCAGAUUGCAAGCGCACUGAUGCACGUCCAUUCAUGCGGACUGAUUCAUCGCGAUCUGAAGCCAGCGAAUAUCUUUGUUGCUGACGUCGACAGAGACGAGAUUAAAUUGGGGGAUUUCGGUCUAUCGCGUUACGCUGCGAACGUGAAUAAUCUGAAUGCGCCGACAAGUUUGGAUGAGUCGCAGCAAGGGCCUCCUUCAAGCGGACUUCUGGAAACUCAUCUGUCAACGUCGAUGUGGUCUACUAUGUCGGAGAGUAACGAGGUUACUGCAGGUGUUGGCACGUAUCUCUACGCAAGCCCGGAACAAGUAGCGGGAAAGAAGUACAACGCCAAGACGGACAUUUAUUCACUGGGGAUGAUUCUUUUUGAGCUGUGUCACGAGCGAUUUGGAACGACAAUGGAGCGAUAUAUUACUCUUCGUGAUGCGCGAGACAGCAAAUUUCCGACCGAUCUCCGUGCGGCAAAGAGAUGUCCUGAAAUCUUAGAUAUGCUUCGCAAGUUGUUGAGUCACGAUCCGACUGCACGGCCAACAGCUGAUGAAGUUGUGCAGUGGGGACAGAUGAUGUAUGAAACGAGCCUGGCUCAGAAAGCUAUGGAUAUUGUGCGGUCACCGUGCAACCUCGACAUGGCUCGAUCAGCAGCUGGUGGAUACCCAUUUGUACCAGGUAUUGAUCAUCUCAUGGCUGGUGCUGUUGACGCGGUCGUCACGACUACAUUUUCAUUGAAGGUGGAGGCUGCAAUGGAACAUUGUAGUGGUGAAGAUGGUGGUGAACGCCGCUUGCCCAACCAUAACUUAUUGAAGCAAGUGUGCGAUGUGAUUGCUGGAGUGCACAAUGGGAAGAUUGAGAUGAAAAAGUGUGGACUUCACAUGGAAAGCGAAGGCGUGACAAUUCUGGAAUUUGAACUUGAUCCACAAAGUGCGCUUGCAGAUGCCCCUGAUAGCGAUGUGGAAGGUGCUGUGAUAAUGGCAAUUGAGGCGUUGGAUGAAGUUCAGAUUGUGCAUCGUAUAAGCAGGAUCGAUUGA